UAUGCUGUAUUCCAGGGUCCCGUGUGUGCUUCGCAAGUCUUAGGCAUCUCAUGUUUAUUUGAAAUGGGCUCUACAAGUGGGAUGUGUACCGUUUGUUCGGAGAAAAUAUUUUUUGCGUCGUCGUAUUCGACGUUGGAACUCUCCACCCCGCUGCGGAACUACGAUUCCAUCAGACAAUUCGUGACCAAGUACGGGAUCGUUGACAAAACCGCCACAGGCGAGCACGUGUGUUGCAAAUGUUUCGCAUUAGCACAGACCUGCGACGAACUCCUCUCAAUGUUCUGGUCGAACGUCAACGAAUUCCGCGCUAACCGGAAGCGUAUGGAGCCUGUCGAAGGAAAGAUUCAGAUUGAAGAUCGCACGAAAACUGCUCCCCGUUUCGGUGGCCCUGCACCGAAUUCAGCGUCUGGGAGUGACAAAAAGCGUGGGAGACCCAGGAAAACAACUGUUCCAGUUGAAGAAACUGUUCCGAAGUUAGUUGCUCGUCCAGCACCGGAAGUUCCGAGCACUUCUCGCACCGGAGGCGCACAUAAAAUGAGCCUUAGGCAAAAUGCUCCACGUUCGAAGAGAUUCGAUGACGACAUGGAAUCAAAUGAUGACGAAGAUGCCUCGGGAGAUGUGAAGCCUCGAAGGAAACGGAAGUCUUCCAUCAAGCCCAGGAAAAGUGUGUCGAAUGAGUCCUCAGGCCUCAAAUGCGCCGACUGCGAUUUCGUAGCCAAAUCGCAGUUGUUCCUCAGUCGUCACUACCGUCGAAUGCACGCCCUUACGGACGGUGUCGCAUGCAUCGACUGUUGCCGCAGUUUCUCUUCUGCUGAAGAAUGCGACUCACAUUUCCAAGAUACGCACUCGGCUUCAUACUUAGGCAGGAUAUCAUGCAUAGAUUGCAGACAAGUGUUGAAUCCGGACUCGUUUCCCGGACACGUGGAAUCGUUUCAUAAUUCGCGCCUCCGGCGUUCAAGAGUCGAAAAACGAGAGUCGGGUUUGUACUACUUUUUCUGCAAGUUUUGUACGUAUCUGGCCCCGGAUGUCCAGGGACUAAAGAUGCAUGUUCCGAAUUUUCAUCCGGGGCAUAAAACGUUUUGUUGUUUGGAUUGCGACGAGGAGUUUUAUACUUGCGAGUUGCUCAAGUCCCAUGAGGCCAAGUGUCACGAGAAGGUCGCUCGUACAGUUGUUGGGAUGGAUUGUUGCGUUUGCGCCCAGCCCAUCGAGGGGCGAGGGCUGAACAAGUUUCUGAGUGCAGUGCUCAAGUGCGGUGUGAAUGUGAAAGAUUUCCUGGUGAAGAUGGAGUCUCUUCGUCCGGAUGUCGGCACUGACGCGUUUGAAGUGUGUGUGGAUUGCUAUGGAUUCGUCGUCGCGUGUGACGAGUUUCUUUCCGUGUUCUGGUCGAAAAUUCGGGACCUGAGGAACCGGCGACCCGGUUUCUUCGUCGACCAAGAUGCGGAAGGACAUGAGAUGCUGGACAUUCCGAAGCCCGUGGAAGAUCCGGACGAGUCAGUGCACCAAACUCGGAGUAUGACGCGGAGGAAACGAAAUUCUGCUGAGACCAAUGACCAAGCUGAACAGCAAGUCAAUGUUAAUGCCAUUUACAAGAAAUAUAAACUCGCCAAAACCGCAAUCGUGAUUCGUCCGUUGACAGAUAAGGAAGACCACGGGCCUGCAAACUUGGACGAGAUGGAAGAGGACGACGAGUUCUUCGACGACGACGGCGACGAAGACCACUACGACGACGACCUCGACGAAACCCUCCCCACGCACGAAUUGCCCGCGAUCAUCAUGUCUGAGGAAUCAGCCAAGAAACAAGUUCACUUCUCUGAACAACAACAACAACAACCCACAAAGAAACCGCGUCUGGCCCCGACAUCUCCUCAGAAGAAACCCAUUUUCCCCGUCGUCGAACCCCGAUCCACACCGGGUUCAUCCACCAGUGCGGACCAGGCUCUGCUCAAAUGGCUCCGGUCCUCGUCAGUCCGCAAACAAUGCGAGGAAUGCGAAGAGCAGUUCGCGAGUUUGCCUUCGCUUUACAAGCAUUACAGAAACAGUCACGCCAAACCGGGGGGUGCUCUGUGUUGGGAAUGUGGGCGAUCCUUUGAAACAGUGGCUGGCUACGAGGAGCACAUGGAAAAGCAUUAUGCGGGUGUGUUGAACAAGGCUGCGUGUAUCGAGUGUCGUCGAGUGAUGAGUGCGGAUAGUGUGGAAUCUCACGUGGCGAAUUCGCAUCAGGGGAAACCCGUGAGGACCCUGGGGGAGAGGAUCGAGUCUGGACAAGAGUUUGAACGUUGCAGGUUGUGUCGGUUCAUCGCUCCGUUGCGGUCGCAGUACGAGCUGCACAUGUGCAUGGUGCAUCCGGAAGCGAAGCCGUUUUACUGCGACGUUUGCGGAAGAACGUUCAUGUUGCGCGAGUCUUCUUUGGCGCACAAGGCCAAGAAGCAUUUGGGCGAGGCCAGGUUCAUGUGUCCACUGUGUCCGGACUUGCAGUUUUACAGCAUACACCGGUUCAAGGAGCACAAACGAGGGCACGUGGACCCGGGUUCGAAUUACAAGCUGUGUCCGGAUUGCGGGGAAAUCGUGCUGAGGACGAAUUACACGAAUCACAUGUCCAAGCAUAACAAGGAGAAGGGCGAAGUCAGGCUGUUCACCUGCGAGUUGUGUGGGAACCAGUACACGAGCAAACGAAGCAUGCAGGACCACAUGGCCCGCAAGCACGACAUCGGCGAAGUGUGCCACGUGAAGAGCACGGUGGCCUGCGAGCGAUGCGGACGAGUCUUCAACUACCGGUCCGCCUACAUUGGCCACAUGUUCAUUGACCACGGGGAAGAACUGCCGGGGCUCAAGAAGUACAUUUGCGAGCAUUGCGGGAAGGUGUUUUACGUGCGGAAGCAUUACACGAACCACACGCGGAAAGUGCACGGACGGCUGAUUGGGAAAGAGCUCAUGUGCUCGUUGUGCUACUCUGUGGAGCCCGAGAAGAGGGCGUUUAUUGCGCACUUGAAGUCGGUGCAUGACGUUCGUGCGACGACGGAGACUGUGACCAACUACAUUUUGAACCAGGAUCUGAACCCUGCGAAUGCUGAGGAAGUUAUUCUGAAAGAAAUGGCGCCUGUCGGGAUUGAGAAGCUGUUCGCUGCGAUUUGUGAACGUUUGGUGAGAUCUAAUGUGACGGAGUCUGAAGUGAAUUCGUUGCGAGAGUCACUCAUGCCUGACGUGGAUGUUGAUGUCUUCAAAUUGCUCUACAAACGUUUCACUUUGCUGUUGAAGAACAUAUCUUCGUCUGACAUGGGCGACCAGCAGUUGGAUGCGUAUUUGACCUCGAUGGUGAAGAAAAAAGACAGUGGAUUGACUUUCGAUGAUGCCUGGGCUUUGGGCGAGUGGUGGAAGAAGAACCGGUCAUCAGUGUCAUCCAGCCUCGCGAAACAGACCCUCUGGGACCCGCAGUUGUCGAGUGUGUCCGCCAGGGUCACUGCUUCCGUGCCCGUGGACCCGGAAUCGAAAGGACCCAGCGAAAAACACGCCAUUUUCCAACUGGAAACCGAGAAUCCCGAAAAGAAGAUAGUUUUCCGAGCCUCUGCCGCAGCCGUGGAGGCUCUUUUGAUGGAGCUUCGCGCUGUCGAUCGAGAGAUACGACGCUGUUGCGGGCAGAGGGACGAGUGA